AUGCCUAGCAAAGGCAUCACAGUAUACAGCUACAUCUCCGUGGAAGGCUACAAAGUCGAAUUCACCGCCCCCAAGACUUCUGUCCGAAACACAGCCGCGGACAAUUUUACUGCCAAAGAUCUCGAAGUCGAAUCAUCCAACAUCGAAGGCAUCCGUCAUUAUACCGGCCGCUUCGAAUGGAAAGCCUUCGAUCCCGACGGCAACAUUGUCGGCAGCAGAUACAAUGACAUCAAUAGUCUGACUGGCAAUCUGGAGGGCGGGAGCAUGACUUCUACCGCAGAGUUCGCCCCAAUCGUCACGGACGCCGUGGUCAUAACCUUCGGCUUCUACGACGCCGGCCACGGCGAAGCUGGUCUCACUAAUCACGACCAAUGCUACGUAACUAUCUGUUCAACCAGCAACAAAGCAUGGAUGGGUGCCGUAGCUCCGCCGGGCUCACCCCAGGCCCAACACCCAUUCUCCCGCUUCGUACUCGCAGCACCGCACGAUAACGGUAUGAACAGUAUGCAACAAGCCGACGCAGUGCUCUCUUCGGUCAAUAGUGACAUGGUAGCCGACCUGCGCAAGAUUGUGCCCGGACUGCACCACUUUCCCCACAUCCCCGACGAGGCACUCGUGCAUAUGCUACCAAACAUUGUGUACGGCGUGUCCAUUACGCAAAAGAAGCAGGUUCCUGUGAUGCUUACCCUCGGAGCAAGGUACUUUGAAUUCCGUCCCGCGGAGCUUCUACCCGCGUUCCAGAAAGUAUCCAAAUUACCCAACAAGUUCUACUUCCAGCAUGCGUGCAUCCCCGGGCUAGCAUUUGACGAGUUCCUCGACGAUCAGGUCCAGUUCCUGGAUGCUAACCCCACGGAGAUAGUCACGCUCCAUAUCCGCUACGACAACAUCAUCAAAGAAUGUAAAAAGCCCACCGAAGAAGAAAUCCACCAGGCCCUCAACUCCGCAUGCGCCAGAGCCCAGAAUGCUAAACUGACCUGGGGCCACCGGGAAUGCUUCAGCAAGCCAAUUGACACCCUCCGCUCGACCGGCCAACGCCUCAUCGUCGUAAUCAUGGCCGAGAAAUACGACUCCUGGACCGCUUCAGCCUACGCCACCUUGAAAGCGGAUCCCAUACUCGGGCGCUUCGAGUCCAUGAACACGGCCGGCCAAGAAUCGACCGACAUAACCGUGUUGCAAUGCCAAGCGACAUCGCAGAGUAUCAAAGAGGUCUUAAUUUACAGCGUCGUGAGCGCGAACGCGGCAUCGAGUUGUCUGACUAGCACGAAAGGAGCGUUGGACAUGCAGACGCUGCCAUGGAUCCGGGCGAAUGCACUGGAUAGGUUGCAGGCGGAGAAGACGAUUGUGAUUAUGAACGAUUUCAUUGACGGGGCAACGACGGAUACGAGUAUUGAGUUGUCGAGAAAGAGGUUGGGCGUUGACACUCUACGCGAUGUAAAUUCAGCGGAUGGUCAGGGUGCAGCGAGUCGAGAUGAACAGGGGCAGGAAGCCUUAGUCCGGCCAUUCCAGGAGGCUUCAGUUGAAGACAAAGCGAUACAAAAGAGGCCGAUUGAAGACUCAGCUCCGAUGCCUGGCAGGUUUGACUGA